AUGAAAUUGCGUAGAUUAACGGCUAUGAUUAGUACUAUCAACGAUUAUUCAGUUUUAAAAUGGCCUUUAGCAAUAACAGCUGUUUUGGUAACAAUUGUGUCACUUCUUCUUCUAUUAAGUUUUUGUUCUAAUACUUGGUUUAAAUAUGAAACAACAAAACAUACUCGUUUAAUUUCACGUGGUUCAUUUGGUUUAUGGGAACAUUGUGAUAGUUAUGGCAAUAGCUCAAAAAUUCACUGUAAUACGCAUACAAGAGAAACUCGACCUCAAUAUUUCAGUAUUAUUGUAGUAUUAAUUUCAUGUGCAUUAUUUCUUAUUAAUUUAACAUUUUUUCCAGCUUGGGUUGCAACUAUAUUUGUACUCUAUAAUGCAAGUAAUCGUUAUAUACCAUAUAUUAUUGUUUCACUUUGGAUUAUGUUUCUUCUUACAUUGGCAACUACAGCUAUUCUUAUAUGUGCAUUGAUGUUUAUUGGAUCAACAUCAUUUUAUUCGCCAGGAAAAGUUCAGAAAGGUACGAAAACCAGUAGAUACUCUAUCAGUUCGGGAUUACUUCAGAUGUUUGCGGCUACAUUAUUAGCAAUCGUUUGUUUAACUUUAGUACUUGUAACAUUAAUUUGGAAAAAAUUUAUUGAUGUAAAAUUACAUGAAGAUGAGAAAGAACUUUAUAAACAAUUAAAUGAUGAUAAUUUUCAACCAGGUUGGCAUAAAAUUAUCCGAAUACCGCGUAAAACAUCAAUAACACAUACCGGUAAUCUUAAUACACCGCCACCACCAUAUCAAUAUGAUAAUGACGGAACAGUUUAUUAA